CAAUAACGGCUAAAAGAGUGUUAAGUUAUAGAGCUUCACUACAAUGAGAAGUGUUCAUUUCCUACUAGCUUUUGUUCUCUUGACUGUGGCAUCCUCAAUUGCCUCUGCCUAUGACCCCAGUCCCCUUCAGGACUUCUGUGUAGCCAUCAAUGAUCCCAAGGCUGCUGUGUUUGUAAAUGGGAAAUUCUGUAAGGACCCGAAGAUGGCGACAGCACAUGAUUUCUCCUUUUCAGGACUCAACAUUCCCAGAGACACAGGGAACCCAGUUGGAUCAAACGUUACUCUCUUAAAUGUAGAUCAAAUACCAGGACUUAACACGCUCGGCAUAUCUUUGGCUCGCCUUGACUAUGCACCACAUGGUGGCUUAAACCCACCCCAUACUCACCCUCGUGCCACAGAGAUUCUAUUAGUCGUCGAAGGCACACUCUAUGUUGGAUUUGUUACAUCAAAUCCAGAUAAUCGUUUCAUCAGCAAAGUCUUGUACCCUGGAGAUGUGUUUGUGUUUCCAUUUGGCCUCAUUCACUUCCAACUCAAUAUUGCCAAAACCCCUGCAGUUGCGUUUGCUGGUUUAAGCAGCCAAAAUCCUGGUACUAUUACAAUAGCAAAUGCAGUGUUCGGGUCCGAUCCUCUCAUCAAUCCUGAUGUUCUUGCCAAGGCCUUCCAUUUGGACAUCAAGAUAGUGAACUAUCUUCAGAAACUGUUUGGAGGAAAAACAAAUGAUUUCUCCUUUUCAGGACUCAACAUUCCCAGAGACACAGGGAACCCAGUUGGAUCAAACGUUACUCUCUUAAAUGUAGAUCAAAUACCAGGACUUAACACGCUCGGCAUAUCUUUGGCUCGCCUUGACUAUGCACCACAUGGUGGCUUAAACCCACCCCAUACUCACCCUCGUGCCACAGAGAUUCUAUUAGUCGUCGAAGGCACACUCUAUGUUGGAUUUGUUACAUCAAAUCCAGAUAAUCGUUUCAUCAGCAAAGUCUUGUACCCUGGAGAUGUGUUUGUGUUUCCAUUUGGCCUCAUUCACUUCCAACUCAAUAUUGCCAAAACCCCUGCAGUUGCGUUUGCUGGUUUAAGCAGCCAAAAUCCUGGUACUAUUACAAUAGCAAAUGCAGUGUUCGGGUCCGAUCCUCUCAUCAAUCCUGAUGUUCUUGCCAAGGCCUUCCAUUUGGACAUCAAGAUAGUGAACUAUCUUCAGAAACUGUUUGGAGGAAAAAGUGGGUGAUUAAGACGUGUAACAUGGACUAGCAGCCUGAUUUUACAAUGUCUGGCAACCGUCUUUGUUAUGUUAUAAAACUAAAAUACAAUAAAAGGGUUUCCUAUAAACCUCAAUGUGUUCCUGUCUUAUCUUGGAUGACAUAUAUAAUGUUUAAGUUCGUUAA